AUGUUAGUUCAUCGAUGCAUCCUGCGAGCCCGCGUCAAACCUUCAAGGGUAUGGGUUGGAAUUCGAAUGCUGAAUACGAUGGACAAGGAUAAGAAAGGGCCGGUAAACAAUGGCUCAAGUCAGUCUAAUUUUCAAUACCUAGAACCCUACUGGGCUAGAGCGAAGGAUCAAUUAACCCAAACAAACACUCAAAUAAAGCAUUAUGCUAGCCAACUCAAAUAUCAUGUUGAUAAGGCAAAAGAAGCCAUCAGAACGGCCAAUAAAAAGCUAGCAGAACAGGAGCUUGAAGGACAAGAUAAAAGGUUGACCUUCAACACGGAUCUAGAGACGAAGGGUAAGAUCGAGGGUCUGCCUUCUGAAAGGGAAAGAAAGAGGAGACAAUGGUCCAAAAAAUUGGACGUAUAUCUUGAUUCGCUGCAGGAAACGAUUUUCACAGCAACGAGGGCAUUGAAUGAUGUGACUGGGUACUCGAGUAUUCAAAAGCUCCGUAAAAGUAUCGAUAUGAUGGAACACAACUUGGAAGAAACCAAAAGAGAGGUUAAGUCAAGUAAAGAGAAAUAUAAUUCCGCGAUAGAAAGGAGGGCGCACUCUCAGCGAGAGCUGAAUGAGCUUUUACAACGGAAAAAUUCGUGGUCAAGCCAAGAUUUAGAGAGGUUUACGCAAUUGUACAAAGAUGAUGCUUUAAACCUGCGGCAGGAAGAAGAGUUGAAACAAGCUUUGAAGGAGAUAGAAACAAAGGAGGAAGAUUUAUCGAAUAAUCUAUACCGUGCCAUUCUUACUCGGUAUCACGAAGAACAAAUUUGGUCAGAUAAGAUAAGAAGAACCUCAACUUGGGGCACGUUCUUGUUGAUGGGCAUGAAUAUUCUUCUGUUUCUAGUCUUCCAAUUACUCCUCGAGCCUUGGAAGCGGAGAAGAUUGGUGGGAUCGUUUGAAGAUAAAGUGAAACACGCGUUAGACGAGCACGCAGCUACGCAGAACGUCAAAUUAGAUGAAAUGUCGACACACAUAUCCACGAGUAUGGAAAAGACUUCAACAGAUCAUAUAAGUCAGUUAUUAUCUGAACCCGAAGAUUCAAUAUCCACAGAACUUCCAGCUGUCGUCGAUCCAGCGGAGAAGCCUUCAUCAAAUCUAGCUUUCGUACCGGUGCAUUUCAGCUCUUGGAAAACCUUUACCCAAUCGGUUCACAGAAAUGUUCAUGCGGUAACGGUCUGGGCAGCUAACUUCUACAAAAAAUUGAGACAAAUUCAGUUGACCGAUUUCACCACAUCAGCAACCUUCACUAUACCGGAACUCUACGUUUAUUCAACAAUUCUGCUCGGCUUCGGAGUAAUCAUCGAUUCAAUUCUGAACACAUGA